AUGACAAACAAUUCGACUCUCGGGCAUUCUACACGCUCAUCGACCGAAGAAAUCACCUGCGAAACAGUAUUUUAUAUAAUCAUUGCAUCCUUGUCUAUACCUGGAAACUUAGUGUUAUUUUGUGUUAUUCUUCGAAAUAAUUCACUGUUGAGAAAAACGUACAAUAUUGUAAUUUUCAACUUGGCGUUGACAAAUAUUUUACAAGGUGUUUUCCUGUUUUUAACACCAAACUAUGUCUUCCAACUAAACACUUACCCAAGGAUGUCAGGAAUCGGUGGAGAAGUCUUUUGCCGAACGGUCUUCUCCACCUACUUCUUAUUUGUCUGCGGCAAAGCUUCCAAUGCAAGUGUCAUGUGCUUGGCGAUUGAACGUUGGUAUGCGGUUGUCAGGCCAACCAAAUACAAAUCCAAAUUUGGUCGUCGCCGCUUGUACACGUAUAUUGCCCUUAUAUGGAUCUCAGCGUCGAUAACGGAGAUUUUCGAGCUGUUCAUCGCUAAGAUGGUGGAUGGUUCGUGUCAAUGGAUUACACCCCCCUAUGGUGCCAAAGCGGAGAGUGCGUUCCUUGUGUUACACGUCACGGUCACGUUCUACAUUCCUAGUGUCGUGACAUGGGUAUCUUUUGCUCACAUAUGGUUUCGCAUGGCAACAAACAAAACUGUUGGGAGUCAAAAUCAAAGCACAAAUGCAAAGAAGAAUGUUGUCCCGAUGUGCGCACUGGCAGCAUUUUUCCUGACGGUUCUUUGGUUUCCUACCGAGACUUUUUGGGUUUUGAAGAAAUUUGAGGUGGUAAUCCUUCCGCAUGUUUACUACUUGGUUUUUAAUUUACUGGCCUUCGUCAGUUCAUGCAUUAACCCUUUCAUCUAUUGCCUGAGCAACAGGACCUACAGACGUGAGGUUGCCUCGUUGAUUCAUAGAUUAAGAUGCUGGGAUCGAUCUACUCGGGUCGUUCCUUUUGAAUCGCAAACUGUUUCUGCUACAAAUGAUCUACAGUUACGCACGAUACAUGGCUCCAAAACCACAAGGGUUUCUGGAGACAGGAGCCCGGUAAUACUGUCAGGCCAUAUGAGAGACAUGUAUACGCUGCCAGCUUAGAGCAUGUAUAAUAAGAGAGGAUUGUCUCCAGCAGCAAACCUUCCCUAAUUUAAAGAAAUACUCGGGUUAAUGAACUUGGCGAAAAGACGAUGUACACUUUCAUCAACGAAUGUGAUUGGUUAAGACUCAUUCGAUAUAAGGAGACGAUAUGCAUUUCUAUCAACGAAUGUUAUUGGCUUAGACUGAUKACGCAUAACAAUAAAUAAUAAAUAUAUAUAUAGCGCUUUCGCACUAAUUGGGGACACUUUUCGCUCACACGCACUACCACUACAUUUGAUACUCUAUGCACACAACGCUCAACUCACAUGUUGAUUUUUACAUAAGGAUACGAUGUACAGUUGUACAAAGAAUGUGAAUGGCUAAGACUUUUUCAUGUAAGGAGAGGAUAUGCAUUAAUUGGUUUAGACUCAUUACACAUAAGAAUGCGAUGUACAGUUCUUUCAACGAAUAUGAUUGGCUGAUAUCAAUAAUUUUAUGAGUGUGAUUUGUUUAGAUUGCUUCCAUAAUAAGGCGAUGUUUAUUUCCAUCAUCAAAUGUGAUUUGUCAAUGUUGCUUCGAAUUCCAUGCUGUACAUUUCUAUCAUCGAAUUUGAUUGGCUAAGAUUGCUUUCAUACUGUACAUUUCUGUCAUCGAAUGUGAUUGGCUAAGAUCCGGCUUCCGUACUGUACAUUUCUGUCAUCGAAUGUGAUUGGCUAAGAUCGCUUCCGUACUGUACAUUUCUGUCAUCGAAUGUGAUUGGCUAAGAUCGCUUCCAUACUGUACAUUUCUGUCAUCGAAUGUGAUUGGCUAAGAUCGC